AUGAAGCCUAAUCGCCAGGAGAAAGAGCAGAGCGAAUACAGGCUGCCUACAAAUGUCAAGCCGACGCACUAUGAUCUCACAUUCAAAACUGACUUGAAGAAGGCUACGUUCGAGGGCGUUGUCAUAAUCGCGUACGGAGACUCAGACUCUCGGUCUCUUGCUAGCCUUGAAGUUAAGAAGGAUACGUCGACAAUCACGCUCAAUGUAUCGCGUCUAGAGCUAACAAAUGCCACCAUAUUGUCUGAAGAGGGGGAGAAACCUGUAGCCGUGGUGCAGACAGACGAGGCGCAAGAGCGCGUCACAUACAAACUGGAUGAGAAGCUUCCGUCUGGUUCUCAAACAAAACUGAAGAUAUACUUCUCUGGGAAGCUAGGAGGAAACAUGAUGGGCUACCUUCGCGGCUCUUGGGAAUAUGAAGGAAGAACUGAGUACUAUGCACUCACGCAGUUUCAGCCCACCGCAGCUAGGAGCGCUUUUCCGUGCUGGGACGAACCUCUCCUAAAAGCGACGUUUACUAUCACCAUGAUAUCGCGUGCUGAUACCGUAAGCUUGAGCAACAUGCCUGCUCUAUCAGAACAGCCAAUUCUCGAGGGACUCGACGCCGAGACAUGGAAAAUCACAAAAUUUGAUACUACCCCUCCAAUGUCGACAUACAUCGUGGCGCUGGCGAACGGUCCAUUCAAGUUUUUGGAAAAGUCGGUCGUCAUGCCGCUCAGCCGCAAGACCAUCCCUCUCCGGAUUUACACUUCUCCCGCUAAAGUCAGUCAAGCCGAAUUCGUCUUAGGUGUUACUGCGUCUGUUCUUCCCCUGUACGAAAGAAUACUCGGUGUCGAGUACCCGCUUCCUAAACUUGAUACAGUUGCAGGAAACAUCGUAGACGGUGCCAUGGAGAACUGGGGUUUAAUUAUCGGCCGCUCUGCUGCCUUCUUACUUGACACUGACAACGCAGACCUGCUCGCCAAGAAGCGGGUGGCGUCUACGCAAAGCCAUGAAAUAGCACAUCUUUGGUUUGGCGAUAUCACCACUAUGGAAUGGUGGAAUUAUCUCUAUCUCAAUGAGGGUAUGCUCACCCCUCCCCGAAUAAUCGAUCGUUUUCUUGUUUUCACCCGCAAUGGCGCUUUGAUCCGGCAGAGGUUACCCCCGCCCGAAGGCCAGACGGGGGUAACCUCUGCGUGA